AUGAGAUCAGCAGUCUCGAGGAGUGCGCUGGGCGCACUUCGUGGCUUACAUCGCGCCCAGAACAGCUGGUGUGUCAGAGCCUCGCCGAGUUUCAGGAGCUUCUCAUCCACGGCUCGCAGACCUGAGGAGGAGCGCAAAUGGUCAACGCCGCUGGCUAAGCAGCUCGCCGCUGCCAUAACCGCCACUGGCCCCGUACCAGUCGCAAGCUACAUGCGCAUGUGCCUCACUGCGGAUGUUGGAGGCUAUUACACGGGAGCCUUGGAGCAGGACCGCGACCAGUUCGGGCUCAAGGGUGACUUCGUGACCUCCCCCGAGAUCUCACAGAUCUUUGGCGAGCUCAUUGGCAUCUGGUUUGUCGCUGAGUGGAUGGCCCAAGGGCGACCCAAGCAGGGAGUUGAGAUCAUCGAGGUCGGACCGGGCCGAGGCACCUUGAUGGAUGACAUGCUGAGGACUAUCCGGAACUUCAAAGGCAUGACGCAGGCCAUUGAUGCCAUCUACAUGGUCGAGGCCAGUCCGCAGCUGAGGAAGACCCAGAAAGAUCUCCUCUGCGGCAAGGAUGCGCCCAUGACCGAGUCCAAAGUGGGAUACCACAGCACUUGCAAAUACACGUCUCUCCCGAUUGUCUGGACCGAGACUAUCAACUCAAUACCCUUGAGUGAGUCUGCCAUCAAAAGCCAACAGAACGCUAAGCUCGGUGCUAACAUCGAGGCAGACUCAAACAGCACACCCUUCAUAGUGGCACACGAGUUUUUCGACGCCCUCCCGAUUCACGCCUUCCAGGCCGUAAAAGUCCCUGCAUCGCAGACCCCUGAAUCUCCCUCCGCUUCCCCUUCCUCUGAAGCAUCAUCACCCCCCGCAGACCACAGCUCCCGUUCCACAAAGACCAGCUCGCCCACCAUAGAGUGGCGCGAGAUGGUCGUCUCCCCGACGCCCCCCGGCUCGACCCACGAGAGCCUCGGCACGCCGAGGUCCCAGCAGCGCGACACCCCUCCCCCGGACUUCCAGAUGACCCUGUCCCCGCGCCCGACCCGCCACUCGCUCUACCUGCCCGAGUCCUCGCCGCGCUUCCGCGCCCUGCGCUCCGUCCCGGACGCCCUCAUCGAGGUGUGCCCGGACGCCGCGCUCUACGCCUCCGACUUCGCCGCGCGCAUCGGCGGCUCCCCGCGCUCGCCCAAGGCCGCGCCCUCGGGCGCGGCCCUGAUCCUCGACUACGGCCCGGGCGACGGCACCGUCCCCGUCAACAGCCUGCGCGGCAUCCGGCGCCACCGCCGCGUCAGCCCCUUCGCCGAGCCCGGGCUCACCGACCUCAGCGCCGACGUCGACUUCGCCGCCGUCGCCGAGGCGGCCCUGCGCGCGAGCGAAGGCGUCGAGGUCCACGGCCCCGUCGAGCAAGGCGUCUUCCUCGAGGGGAUGGGCAUCCGCGAGCGCGCGGAGAUGCUGGUCCGGGCGGCGAGGCAGGAGGGGGGCGCCGGCGCCGGCAGCAAGGCUCUGGACAUCGAGAAGGCGUGGAAGAGGCUCGUCGAUAGGGGUCCCGAGGGCAUGGGCAAGCUUUACAAGGCGCUAGCUAUCGUGCCCGAGAAUGACGGCAAGAGGCCGCCUGUGGGAUUUGGCGGGGAUGUUGCACAGUAG